UUGGGGGUGUUGUGGGUUUCCACUAGUUACCACAACCACAAAGUCAGAACGUCUAUAUGGUAAAAAUGUACGAAAACAUAAAUAUUUUUUUGUUGUCUUAUUUUAAGGUUAGGGUUAGGUAUAAGGUUAGCCACGUGAUUAAGUUAAGGAUUAAGUUUAAAAUCACAUUUUAAGAAAAUAAAUCGUAGAAAUAGGCGGGGUUUAUGACUUUGUGGCCGUGGUAACUGGUGACGACCGUGUUGUUGUUUCCUUUGAUCAGACUGAAAAUAAGUUUCCUGCAAAAUAUAUUUUUCAACGACCGCUAGAAGAUGGCGAUGAAACGAACAUCAAGUUAUUCCCUAUUUUUUCUGUUUAUGUCGUUUAUUUUAGCUGAGUCUGCACCUCGACAGUUGAACACGGAAAGCAUUCUGAUCAAUGUGACAGCAGGGACAUUGGAUGACACACAGGUGCAGGAGUCCAACAACUUGCAGAUUAACCUGAAUAUUUCAGUGGAUGAAGAACAGGUGCUCAUCAAUGAUAUCCCUGUGGAGUUGUCAGGGGUGACUAGGUUGAACUGCCAGGCCUUGCUGUUGGAUACCAUCAAUGGAACCAGUGAAUUUGAAUCUGGUGACUAUGUGUCCACUGUCACCCGGGUGAUGGUGAGCCAGAAUCGCCUGUGGAGUGAUUCAGAAGAGGUGGUGGCUCUCCAGGUGUUCAGCGAGGUCAUUGAGAUGGAGGGGAAAAAGGUCCAGCAGCCAGAAAUGUGCGAAGUGAAGAUACUGAUGAGCCCCAAUUUCCAGAAGCUUGCUCAGUAUACCAACACCUACCCCAUUGGACACAGUGAGAUCUUCAGGAUCCCAAGGGAAAAUGAUGUGGUCAUCACAGAUCCAACAAAUCCUAAAAAAGCUGAAGACCAAGUGAUGUCCCAUACCACCAUUCAUUACCCUCUGAAGCAUGCUGACACCACCCAGGAGGAGAUUGCUGCCCCAGGCAAGCUCCCAGAAACUCCCCUCCGCAUGGACCCAGACUUGCUGUAUGAUAACAAUGAUGAGGAUGAUGACUUGAGAGGGCUGUCGGAUGAAAUGCGGACAGAGGCACCGCUCAAAGAAUCCAUCUCCUCUUACAGUGCCAUGUGUCGAUGGGUGGAGGAGGUGAGGGACCGCCUGCGACGCUUCUGGUCUGAGUCCUUGCCCCUGUUCUUCUUGAUCAUGUGGGUGGUGGUGAUUGGUGUGGUUGGGUCAGCGGUCAUUGUCAAGAUCCUGGACAUGCUCUUCCCAACAUGUGAACACAAGGGAAUUUUCCAUUUAAAUCCUGUGACUCUGAUGCCUGAAGACGAGAAACACACCCUGCUAGAGAACAUUGAAAUAGAGGCAGAGGAAAAAGAAUUAAAUGAAAACUGAAGACUGAUGAAAUGGAGUCUGAUUGCAGCUGUUGACAAGGCAUUAUGUGGUUAGAGAAACCAUCAUCUUUUUGUAGCACUUUAACAUGCAUUGCAUACACAUUAUUUGCUUUAUACCCUCUACUCAAAACAUGAAUCUGUUAAUACUGCAAGCAGAUCAUACUUAUGGACCUAGCUACCUACUGCACACUGUUACUUUUAAUAUUAUGAUUGUUACAAUAUUACUUUGUGUUAAGAAGUUUGGAUAUACAGGUAGCCUAGCGGUGAAGUGUUGGGCCAGUAACCUGAAAGGUCGCUGGUUUGAAUCCACGAGUUGACUGAAUAUGCCGAUGUUCCCUUGGGCAAGGCACGUAACCAUAAUUGCUCAUGUAAGUCGCUCUGGAUAAGAGCAUAUGACGAAUGUAAAUAUACCACACGUUAAUAUUGAUUUCUUAUUGGUUUAUUUUGUUAUUGCUCAGUUCAUAUUUUAUCAUUGACUGGAGGAUUGAACUGAGGAUUGUGUUUGUCUGCAUGCAAGACAAACUGCUUUUAUUUACUGUUUUUUUGAGCCAGUACAUAUGUCAAGGCCUCACCUAUACAUUAAUUGUAAAAGGAUCAAAAACGAAAAAAUAUUGAAUGUUGCUAUUGCAUUUUGACUAAGCUCGACUCUUGGCUGCAGUAAAGUUCAUCAAAUGGACAGGAAGGCCUAGUCUUGCACCCAUAAGUGCAGUGCAGAAUAAUGAUCAAAUAUGAAAUCUAACCAUUUCAAUUGUUUGAGAAGACUGUUCCUACAGUGGCACGACCUCUGGGGCAUAUUCACUUGGCUCUCUGUCACAGAAGAUACAGAGACCUAGAAAGUAUAGCAUGGACAUGAACUGGAGAAGAGAUUCAUUUCCAGUCUUUACAUUCCAAUUAUGUUCACUCUGGAAACAUUGCAUUCACAGAAUAAGCCCACGCUGCUUUAAUAAAUGCCUGUUUGUAUGCAUUUGAGCUGAAUAUGGUUAACAGACGUUCUUUGCAAUUAAUGAAAAUGGUGACACUUAUGACCUUUUUUUAUAAAGCGCAUCUUGUCUCAAUAUAGUUAUAGUCAGACCUACUCUUCUCCCAGUAGCAUAUUGGCUGGUUUGCCUCAAAGGCAUGACCAAAAUAUAAUAGUAUCAAUGUGAUUCAAGGCUAGGCUCCUGGUUGACGUACGCAUGGCAUUGAAUGGGGCCUUGGCACAUUGACUUUCUGCCUCAGCAGAACUUGCAGGAGAGGCCGUAGUAGUGAAUGCAGUUGGCGGUCACAGAAACCGCUUCAUAGAAGGAAACUGCAUGCCGAUUUGAACUUCAGUGAAUGGGUGAAGAACGCAAGUUAUUUUACCUUUUUGUUGCUUCUAUGGUGCCUCAAUUCCAUUUCAGUCUUGUGUUGUACUGAAGCAUGGGAGCAUGACUUGUGUGCAUAAUGUAUUUUCAUUCUAAUCAAACUACAUUGAAUUCCCAAAUGCUGCUCAAUAAAUGUGUUUCUGUAAUGUUCGUGACAUUCACGCUACACAAUACAGCCAGGUUACAUGCAAAUAAAGCACAUGGAAGCCUUGUCAAUGCAAGUAA